CACGUGUUUUCAACGAGAAAAACAUCCAAAGUUUUUGUUUAAUUUUAACAUACUUGUAUUUUUAUUUAUUUCUGUGCUGAGUUUAAAUUUAUUAUUAAAAUGUCUGAAAUAACAACAAGAAAUCAAAAAAAAGUGAAUGAAUUUGGUGAUAAUGGUGGAUAUUUUGAUAGUAUUGUCAAGCCAAUAUUACAGUAUGGUCAUGAAGAUGAAUUUCGCAAUUGGUUACAAGACAUGAAAUUAAUUAAAUCAUCAUUGACAUGUUCAAAACCAGAUUGUUAUGAACAUAAAUUGAUAUGGCAAGCAGCACGUGUUAUUGAUAAAUUCGUAUGGAAAUGUACAGUAUGUCACAAAAAUUAUGCAAUCAGAGAUGCCUCAUUUUUUCAUGGUAUUCAUUGUGAUCUGAAAACAUCAAUAGGAUUAAUACUAGCAUGGUGCCAAAAUAUACCACCUCAAACUAUAGCACUAAUGCUAGGUACACAAGAUUUAAAUGCCAAAAAAAUGUAUAAAAAAUGUACAAAAAUGGCUGAUACAUGGGUUGAGAGACAUAUUGAUGAAUUUUUUCUUGGUGGUCCUGGUAAAGUACUUGUUAUUUAUGAAUAUCCUGGUGGUAAUAUGUUAUCAGAUGUUAUUGAAAUUGUUAAAACUGAUAAACAUAAAGGUCAUUUACCAAUAAUAUUAUGUAUUAUUGAAGCAAAUAAUAUACCACCAAGAAUGUGGUUUCAUAUUAUGCAAAAAACGCCAAAAAAAAAAAAUCAAAAAAAUGAUGAUACAAUUAAUAAUGAUACUUUUGAUGAAGCAAUGAAUGUUAUAAAGGGACAUAUUUUACCAGGUAGUUUUAUUGUUGCUGAUAAAAAUGCUGAAUGCUAUGAUUUUAAUGCAAUUGUUGAAUUAAAAAAUUAUCAAACAUUCUCAAUUGAUUUUUUGGAAAAAUUUGAUAAUGAUGCACAAAAAUUACGUGACAAUUUAGCAACUAUUUGGCAAUCAGCUGUUGAUAUUUUUGAAGAUGUAGUAGAAUCACCAAAAUCUCAACGACAAUCAAUAUUAUCAUCAUAUUUAUGGCGUCAAAAAUUUAACUUUCAAAAUAUGCUUGAGCAAAUUGCCGAUGAAUAUCGUUUUGAAUAA